UGCAGAGGUGCAUAAAUAAAGAGAUAUUUAUGAGUUAGAGAGAGAAUUGUGGGUGGUUUCUUUUGGUUUGGUUUAGACACAAGUAGAGAGAGAAGCUCUGGAUUCGAACUUUUCCGUCCACCGCGACGGUUACUUUGCCGGUUGGCUUUCAGUUUGAUCAUUUAAUGUCAGGUUGUACCGGACUUGGAGCUAUACUGAUUAAUAUUCUCUUUUAAGACAUGGAGCAAGCUCUCAUCUGGUCAAAUUGCUACCAGUUUCGAAUUUUUUCAUUCCAGGAAGUGCUGGAUUGGCGGUUUCUCAUCCUUGGAGGUUUUCUUUUGGUGUCCUUUGUCAAUUGUACCUAGUGGUCCGAUUCUCUUUAAUGAUCAGAUUAGGGGGCGUAAUGCAAAUGUUUGCUAAGAUAGGUGUUGGAUAUUUAGUGCACUUUUACAAUGCAUCGCUGAUACAACAUCCAGCCUAUAAUCUCAAGAAAACGUCUUCCGGGGGUUGAGGUCUGCAAGUACAUGAUAAGGUUGCUUUUGUAGCGUUAGACAAGCAUUUCUGAUUGAAAGUCUGCAGACUGCUAUAGUUCUUAGAUAUUAUUCUCUUAUUACUCCUGAUGGGUAUUGAUUAGAAGGACAAGAGAUAUAAGUUUGCAGAAGAUUCUUCAACUUCCAGUAAAUUAUAGUUGAGUUACCUGUUCUUUAGUUUCUAAACCCUGGUUGUCCUUGCUUUGCACUUUGGAUAUUUCUAUUGGCUGGAACAACCAUUCUACUUUGGUUUGUUGGUGGUAUCAAUAUGUUUUGUGGAAUUUUUCUUAUCCUUCAAUCUAUUGCUUGGUACUGUUGUGAAGCUGUGACUUCAGAAGAAAAUAAGGCUGCAAAGCUUCUCCAUCCAAAAAAUUCUGGCUUUGUUCUCUUUUAUUUUGCUACAGAAAAUUAAUGGUGAUUACAGCUGGACCAGAAAGCCGAUUUAUAAAUUUAUAGUUUCUACUAGUAAUCAGUUUGUGACAAUAAAUGUCAUAUAUCUUUGUGGGUUCUUAUACUUAUCUUGAAUAAAGAUAGAGCUGCUUUGUGUUCAACAAGAAGAAUGGAGAGGUACAAGUUAAUCAAGGAAGUAGGUGAUGGAACAUUUGGGAGUGUCUGGCGAGCUAUUAAUAGGCAAUCUGGUGAAGUUGUUGCAAUUAAAAAAAUGAAGAAGAAAUAUUAUUCAUGGGAUGAGUGCAUAAAUCUUAGAGAGGUUAAGUCAUUGCGGAAGAUGAGUCAUCCAAAUAUUGUGAAGCUUAAGGAGGUUAUAAGAGAAAAUGAUAUUUUGUACUUCGUGUUUGAAUAUAUGGAAUGCAACCUUUACCAACUUAUGAAAGAUAGAGAAAAGCUUUUCUCUGAAACUGAAAUCAGAAAUUGGUGUUUCCAAGUUUUCCAAGGCCUUGCUUAUAUGCACCAGCGGGGAUAUUUUCAUCGUGACCUUAAACCUGAGAACUUGCUUGUUUCAAAAGACAUAAUCAAAAUUGCUGAUUUUGGUCUUGCACGGGAGAUCAAUUCACGUCCACCAUAUACGGAGUAUGUUUCGACACGCUGGUAUCGGGCCCCUGAAGUGCUGCUUCAGUCAUACCUGUAUAGUUCUAAAGUUGACAUGUGGGCUAUGGGUGCAAUCAUGGCUGAGUUGAUCAUGCUCCGUCCUCUCUUUCCGGGUGCUAGUGAAGUGGAUGAAAUCUGCAAAAUGUGCAACAUAAUAGGAACUCCAACCAAGGAUUCUUGGGCUGAUGGACUUCUACUUGCAAGGGCUAUAAACUAUCAAUUCCCACAGUUAGUUGGUGUCCAUCUCUCUACAUUAAUGCCAUCGGCAAGUGAGGAUGCACUUAGUCUGAUUAGGUCGCUUUGUUCCUGGGAUCCAUGCAAGAGGCCUACUGCUGCAGAGGCCUUGCAACACCCAUUCUUCCAGAAUUGCUUUUAUGUUCCACCAUCACUUCGCCCCAGAGCAGCUGUCAUGAGAACUCCCCCAUCUGCUGGAACAAGGGGAGCAUUGGAACAGCAAGGUGCUGGGAGGUAUUCUGGGCCGGUAUCUAAUUUGAAGCUGGUUAGCAGUUUUCCUUCUCCAAAGUUAAAUGCUUCUAUGAUCACAGGUGUGCAACGCAAGCUGGAAAUGAUUAAUCAAAAUCAAGCUGCUACUAGGAAUGAUAAAUACACGACUAGCAUUUCCAAGCAAACAAAAUAUCGCCCAGCAGGGAGGAAGAGUCCAACCUCCAUUAACAAAGGUAGAGCUGCUGCACGUGGAGUUUCAGUUUCGGAUACAGUUGGAAAUUUCUCAAACAUGACAAUAGGUAGUAGAAGGCAGUCCGUGGGGCAGCAGCAGCAGAAGGCUCCUCUUAUGAAGACUGGUGUACGAUAGAAUGAUGGGUCAGGAGGAGAUAUGUUUCUGAGACCAAGUCAACCGCUGCAAUCUGGGAGGACUUAUGCAAGGAAAGUUGCGAGCUGAUGGAGAAAGGAAUGUGUGUUAGUACUACUAGUACGAAUAAUAAGCUGAGUGUGUGUGUUUUGUGGUUGUGGUUGUGGAUGUGGAGUGUGCAUAUAUAUAUAUAUAUAUAUAUAUGAUAGCAGAAUAAACACUAUGUGUCCCGUCGUUUAUCAUGUUUAUUUCAAUUUAAUUGCAUAAUAAUAUGAUCAGAGUGGUGUUGAUAUUA